AUGUUAACAUUAUUGGAGAAGGAGGGCUCGGCUGAGAAAGAGGCAGUGGCAUCUGGGGAUGAGGGAUCUGAUGAUAAUGAUGACGAAGAUGAUGAUGAGGAUUUCGACUUUGCACCUGAAAGGAUCACUUUCAAAGGGGACACUACUGAUUCGAAAAAGCCCAAGGAGGCCUUAUCCCGUAGCGAGCGACGAAGGCUUGCCAUUAAGGAGAGCCCGGAGCUUGAGGCACUGCUGGCCCAGUAUCGUGAGGGUGCUAUCAGUCUUGGGGACGAGGCUAGAGAUCUGCUGGAGGCUGUCCGGAAAUGCCCUCCACCCGGCGGCAAGGGCGGCAUGACAUUUGUCGAGACGAAGGUCCAAUUACUGUUGUCGUACUUGAGCUACUUGAGCUACUACUUCAUGUUAAAGAGUAGAGGAGCUAGUGUGAGGAAGCAUCCGGUUAUUGGUAAAAUUGCUUGGGUUAAGGGAAUGAUCGAGCGGCUGAAGCCUAUAGAGAAAAACAUUGGGGAGCAGGUCGAGGAACUGAUCAGUCGCUCGCAGACGACGGCUGGGCCUGAUCCUGAGAUGGCUUAUCUGGACGAUAUACUAGCUGGCCUUGGUGUUGAACAGUUGGAGGCCAUGGACGAGGUCAGUGAGGGGGAGGAAGAGGAGGUGGAAGGGGAAGGAGAGGAGACCGAGGAGGAGGAGGAACCGGCUAAGGUCUCGAAGGCUCAACUGGUGGAGCGCCUUAGCCGUGGGAAGGAACCGGUGGCUGUUGAGGAGUCGGGUCUUGAUGAGGAGGGUAUUUUGGCGAGGAUGGCCGCUAGAGAUGAUGAGGAUGCGGUGGCGUUGCUGAGGCCUAGGGCAGGGGCUGGGAAGAAGGGGCAUGGCAAGCUGCGGGCUAAGGUUAAGGGUGGCAAGGGGUACGCUGGAGUGGGGUCGGUGAGCUUAGAUGAGGUGGCUGAGGUGAAGGACCUGGUGGAUGGUAGAGCCAAUCUGGCAGAUAUCCUUAACUCUGCUAAGCAGGUGGAGGAGGCUGCCUCUGGUCGUAAGGGGCGUGCAGGUGGUGAUGAUGAUGUAGAGGUUCGACAAGGGAUGUCGAUGAGAGAGAUAAGGGCUACUAUGGAGGAGGAGGCUGAUGAUGCUAAGGAGGUCCAGAACGCAGAGGAUGUGGGGGAAGAGGCAGCGGAGCCUUCGAUGAUGCUGAAGGCUCGGAAGGCGAGGGAUGCUAAACGACAGUCUAAGAAGGCUACCUUAGCGGCCAAGGCUCAGGCGUUUAUGCCGGAGGAAGAGAACGAAGUAGACCUCCGUUCGACCAACUACGCCAUUAACAAGAACAAGGGUCUCACACGCAAGCGCAAGAAGGAGGAUCGCAAUGCCCGUGUUAAGAAUAGGAAUAGAUAUGAAAGAGCUGUUAAACGGCGUAAGGGUGCAGUACAGGAGGUUCGUGAGGCCAGUGCGGAUGGUACUUACUCUGGAGAGGCUACUGGUAUUCGAACUAACGUGAAGAAGAGCGUGAAGCUUGGCUAA